AUGCAUCAAACAGGAUUUAUUUAUUUUUCUGACGUUGCUCCUUCCUCCUCGCCAUGUCUGAUCCUGUCCGUUCGCUCCGCAGGUCCGUGGGGGCGAUGCAUGGGCAGUGACUGCGGCCCGGGCGGCAGCCAAAGCCGGGCGGUCUGGUGCGCCCACGUGGACGGAUGGACGACCCUCCACACCAACUGUGACCAGGCUCAGCGGCCCUCCAACCAGAGGAACUGCUUCCGCGUGUGCGACUGGCACAAGGACCUGUACGACUGGCAGCUGGGGGCCUGGAACGAGUGCGUGCCGGUGUCGGCCAGGACCUUCGGCGCCGCGCGGCAGUUCAUGUGCAGCGGUGGCGAGGAGGGCAUUCAGACCCGGGAGGUGGGCUGCACGCUCAAGGCGGAUGGGUCUCCUGCAGAGGACGCCAUCUGUGAGUACUUUGAGCCCAAGCCGCGCCUGGAGCAGGCGUGUUUGAUCCCCUGCCCUCAGGACUGCGUCGUCACCGAGUAUUCGCCAUGGACCUCCUGCUCCAAAACGUGCGGAACGGGCCUCAGGAACAGAGUCCGCAGCGUCCUGGUUCCUCCGCUUUUCGGAGGAGCCAGUUGCCCGAACCUCACCGAGUUCCAGUCCUGUAAACCGGGAGCUUGUGUGGGUCCGGAAGGCCUGUACAGCCUUAGGGUCGGACCGUGGACCCCCUGCGUCCUGCCGCAGACCCGGACCGCACGGCAGGCGAAACGGCGGAAAGGCAAAGGUCAGGGGCUCAGGGAGCGAGGAGGGGUGAAGGAUCCUGAAACCAGGGAGCUGAUUCAAAAGAAACGGUCCAGGAACCGGCUGAACCGGCAGGAGAGUCCGUUCUGGGACAUCCAGGUGGGAUACCAGACCCGGGAAGUGGCCUGCAUUCACCGGAACGGCAGCAGAGUGGGGCGCAACCUGUGCAUACCGCGGGAGCUGCCGCUGACCAUCCAGUCCUGCGUCCUGCCUAAAGACUGCCAGGUGACGGAGUGGACCGACUGGAGCUCCUGCUCCAAGGCCUGCGCGGACCCCGAGUCUCCAAGGGGAACCCGCACCCGGAGAAGACAGGUGCUCCAGUUCUCUGUUGGCGAGGGCGCAGAGUGUCCGGUCUUGGAGGAGACGGAGUCCUGUGAACCUCCGGGGGGAAGCGUUCCUCCCUGUGCAAGUUACACAUGGAGAACCACGGAGUGGAGCAACUGUCGGGUCGACUUGCUGCUGAGCCAACAGGACCGACGGCGCACCAACAUGACUGGGCUCUGCGGCGGAGGCCUGCAGACGAGGGAAGUUUAUUGUGUCCAGGCGAACGCAGAGCUUCUGAAAUACCUGAACAACCUCAAAGAAAAAGACAAAGCGGGUCAGACCCAAAGACAGCAGAAGCCUAGUGUCCCCCCUCUCCUCUCCAUCACCUUCCAGAUUACAGCCUCCCGCCCGGUGGAGAACCAGCUGUGCACGGGUCCGAUCCCAAACAGAUCCCAGCUCUGCCAGAUCCCCUGUCCCAUCGACUGCGAGGUGUCACCGUGGGGGGCCUGGGGUCCGUGCAUCUUUGAGAACUGCAACGAUCAGACCGGAAGGAAAGGCUUCAAACUGAGGAAACGACAGAUUACCAACGAACCAACCGGGGGCCCAGGAAGCUGCCCUCACCUAGUAGAGGCCAUGCCAUGUGAUGAACCCAGCUGCUACAAAUGGCAGCUGGUCAGCCUGGACAGGUGUAUUCCUGAUGACGGGAAGCAGUGCGGCCCUGGAACUCAGCUGCCUCAAGUUCAAUGCAUCAGCAGUAACGGGGAGCUGGUGGACAGAGGCCUGUGCUCCUCCUCGGCCGUCUUGGAGCCCGUUUCCUGUGAGGUGCCCUGUGCCAGAGACUGCGUGCUCAGCGACUGGACGCCGUGGUCGACCUGCUCCCAGACCUGCUCCAGCAAAACCGUGGAGGGCAAGCAAAUGAGGACCCGCUCCAUUCUGGCCUACAACGCCGGGGAAGUCACUGCGAUGGUUGUGGCGUGGAUCACAGUGAUGGAGGGUAACGGUUCUAAUUAAAGAUUCCUGGUAGCUA